AUGGCGGCACUGCCUCAAGAGGCCAUCUGCACCGAGAACCUAACACCCUGGACCAAGUUGUUGCCCUGUCGUGGGCGAAAGGGCAUUGGCAGUCUGCUCGUGGCAACCAACCUCUUCAACUCGCAGUUUAUCUCCCUCUCACUAGAUUUCCGCUUCACCUGCUCGGAUAUCACCAAUUGCGCCGCCACCUCGGGCAUUGAACUUCGCCAGUCAAUCCUAGCUGUCUUUGACCCACCCCAAGUGGUCGACGGUCGGUAUUCGUGGACGCUAAACUCCCUUUUCAACAGUCCACUGCAGCACCACUGUCCACUGGCCACCAGUAGUCACGUGUACGUCGAGGCGACGCACCUGAACGCCAAUGUUGCCGGCAGAAAUGGCCUCAACUCCUCCAAACUGACGGUCAUUCCCAGUGCCUAUGUGCGCUUUACCGACAGCAACCUUGAGGAGAGUGGUACUGGGGGGCUGCAGGUGCAAGUGAUUGAUGAGGUGGCAGCAGCUGAACAUUCCUUAACAGAAACUGAUCUUUCACUUUACGCCGACUACGAUUUAAGAAAACUGUUUGAAGAAAUAGACGCAAAGCACCAGCAACGGUUGCAGGAGCAGCAGCAACAGGAGCAAAAGAACUCAGCUCCAGCUCGACGACCAACACUGAACCUGGGCAUUCAGUACCCGAACUCGUACCGGGGAGUGCUGCCGUCAAACAUGGCCAAGCGGGCCAACUCCUUCUCCACGGUCACCGUUCGCCGACACGCCCGCGGCUAUGGCGUCGCCUCGGGCGGCCUCUCUGUGACGCUUACCAACUCACUGCCGGUGCCGGUGUACGCACUGUACCUGGACACCGUUCCCUGGUACUUUCGCCUCUACCUGCACAGUCUGCUCAUCGAGGCGAAGCCCUUGGGCAAAGCCCAGCCAACAACAAAAGGCAGCCUCAUACGGCCCAGCUGGAUUCACUACCAGCCGGCGGUGGACCGGCAGCGGCCGCACCACCUUGAGCUGCUAGUUCAGCUGCCGGCGGCCUCCGAGGUGGAGCUCCGCCUCACCUUUGACCACCAGUUUCUCCGCUGGACGGAGUACCCGCCGGACGCCAAUCACGGCCUCUACAUCCCCCCCGCCAGUGUCACCUUUUACCUUCCAGGCGGCGAAGAUGAUAAUAGCAGGAAGAACGGCACAAAACUCUCCUCCUCACACUUUGAACGCUUUCUGCCGGCAUUCUUUGAGCAGCUGACCAGCGGCGGAAAGACGGGCACCGCAGUGGACGAGGCAGCCCGCCGACUGGCGUUGUUGCAGCGGUACAACCCACUGCGGCUGUACACCGAGCCGGUGCUCAUCUCCAUGCCGACGCCUGACUUCAGCAUGCCCUACAAUGUCGUCUGUCUGGUGUCCACGGUGCUCAGCAUUGCCUUCGGGCCCAUCUACAACAUCACCACACGACGGACAAAGCUGACCAAGAAGUACGUUGAGGAAAAUGUCAAGGGUGAGGGUGAGGAGGAUAAAGAGCCGAAGAGCAAGAAGAAGAAGUGCGUAGUCAUGUAA